AUUAAGCCGGAAGUAAUGCAAAGUGCCCUUAAUGCACUUCCAGAAUCAUUUUCAUAAUUUUUGUAUUGAUGGACCUUCGAGCAAAAUUAUGAAUUAUUAAUGCGGAGUAUAUGGAUAUUACUACAAAAGUGUGCGUUUUUAGUAACAAUAUGUUCAAUAUUAUUCAGCGGAGGACGGAUGUUGACAGUCACUGGGAAAAAUUUUGACUCAGUUCAACAGCCAAGGAUGUUUGUAUGGAACGGGAAGAUAACGUCGGAAACAACGUAUUGUCUCCAUAUACCAGAAAUGUCCAGCACCACAUUAACAUGUCCAUCGCCAAGAGCGCCUAAAGGGAUUCAUCCAACGCUUCAAGACACUUCAGGUUCCUUGCGCCUGAAGAGACAGUCAGACAGCAUUACCAUCGCGAAGAUUGGCUUUAUAAUGGACGGAGUGAUAGCAGUGCGGAAUUUAACAAACAUAAUUUCUUCUCUUCAAUAUGUUGUGGACCCGUUGUUCCAGGAUUUGACCAGUGACGGUUCUAGUGUGAAAUAUCAAAGUAACGCUAGCUUAGUAAUACGUGGUCAUUAUCUCAACAUUGCCGCAAGUGAAGCAGACGUGACUGUUCUGAUUGGUGGGCAUAAAUGUGACGUCACGGGUUUGGCUCCCAAUUUCCUCGUCUGCAUACCGCCGCAUUUUGACUACGGAGAUAAACAGGUGCUUAUACGUAUGGGUAAUUUAUUGUACCAAGUGGGACAUCUAAACUAUGGGGAUCCUCCUGCAGAUCAUCCUCCAGUCAACUAUGGUUGGGUAGCCGGGCUAAUUGUCCCUAUUGUUGUUUUAUCUGUCAUUGGAAUCGUUACCGGAGUUAAAGUCUACAAAAGAUGUGCAAACGGCACUACUUCCAAUCACAAUGGCGCCAGUGAGACGGAGUACCUCGGUUUAAUGAGUCAAGCCACACCACCGCGUGUUAUCAACACUACAGAAGACGUCUUGAUGCUGGUGAAGGAUGAUGACUUAAAAGCUACUCUAAAACCUGUACUGUUGAGCAGAUACCGGAUUAGAAUUGGGAAGUUAAUAGGCACAGGGCACUUCGGUUGUGUAUUUGAAGCGGUUUACGAAGACAGUGAACAAAGCAACCCAUCAAAAGUUGCCGUGAAAACGUUUCAAGGAAAGGGCGCAGAUAUUCAGCACCUAGAUGAAUUCCUCAGAGAAGGAGCUCUGAUGACGUCAUUCCGCCAUGAUCACGUGUUGACAAUACUCGGGAUAUGCUUCGAAGUGGACGGCAACCCCAUGAUUAUAUUACCGUACAUGGCCAAUGGAGAUCUCAAAACUUACAUCGAGAAUCCUAAGAAUGCACCUACUGGACUACAGCUGCUGCAGUUUGGUUUGGACGUAGCCCGGGGCAUGGAAUAUCUUGCUGAGAACAAAUUUGUCCAUCGAGAUUUGGCUGCUAGAAACUGCAUGCUAGAUGACCAGCUGCACGCCAAAGUGGCCGACUUUGGACUGACUCGCGACGUGUACACCAAGGAAUAUUACAGUUCCAGAGACAAGCAGGCCAAGUUGCCGGUGAAGUGGAUGGCGCCAGAGUCCAUGGAGAGAAACGUUUACACAUUUAGAUCCGAUGUGUGGUCCUAUGGCGUACUACUUUGGGAACUGUUCACCCGCGGUAAGGUACCGUAUCCUGGUGUAGACGGAUGGGAUGUUCUGCAGUUCUUAAAUCUUGGGAGAAGACUGGAUAAACCCGACUACUGUCCUCAGCACGUGUACCAGCUCAUGCUGAAGUGCUGGUCAUGGGAGCCAGAGGAGCGACCAAACUUCACCCCUAUUGUAACACAGAUAGAGGAGACAGUGAGAGUCAACACGGAAGUUGGCGGAGAACCUGGUCACAAUGAACAUGGGGAAGGGGAUGGUGAUUAUCAUGUGUACCUUGAAGUGUUCUAGGUACAAUGUAACAUAUGUAAAUAAUUUAGCCCAAUCGGGUUUUGGACAGUGCUUUUUAUUUGAUUUUUGCUAUGGAUUUGGUACAUUUUUUACCUGCAUAUUUUAUCUCAGUUGUAUGUUUAUUAACGAUCUUUAGAAACGAAUUGCGUGACCACAUUAUAUUGGAUUGGGCAAUUAAGAAAUAAAUAAGACUGCUGUUUCCACGCUUACUGAAUU